CCCGGACGGAACGCACUUGCACUUGUACUGCUUCCAUCUUUUCGCAUCUGGGCUUGGUCGCUGCUCCAUAUGUGGUAAUAUCCGUUUAUAUUGAACAGAGCCUGGUAUUUUGGAAUACACCGCCACUUGAACAUCAUGUCAUACACAUCAGACCCAGACAGCUUUCCUGAGCCAGUCGAUCUGUCCCACCAUCUGUCGCGCAGCACCAAGGCGCGUGAAGCUUCCGCCAUCAAGCGCUUCUACAAGUACUUUGCCAUACCCGGAAUCUCCCAACUCGCAGGAGGUCUGCCUAAUGACAAGUACUUUCCUUACGAUACCCUCGAGGCCAAGGUCGCGCAUCCCAACCGCUGGACGCCCACGCCCAAUCGGCCUAUUGACCCUCCACCCAACGAUCCGCCAACUGCAGAGCUAGCCUCUACGUCUAUCGCCACACGCAAAGACAAAGAUGAACCGCCCUCAGCGCGCCUUGUCGUCCCCCACAGUUCCGGCGUCCAGAACCCAACCCGCAUUAUCGAUCUCAAGUCGGCACUGCAAUACGGCACAGCUCAAGGCUACCCUUCGCUCUACACAUUCAUUCGCCAGUUCACACGAGAGAACCUACAUCCAUUCGUACCGUACAAAGGUGGGCCAGACAUCAUUCUGACUUGCGGCUCAACGGAUGGCUUUUCCAAGACCAUUCAAGCCUUCUCCAACGAGUGGGCAGAGGGUCAUGACCCUGUUGAAGAGCGACCGGGGCUGUUGGUUGAAGAAUACUGCUACAUGAAUGCCAUCCAGACGGCAAGACCAAAGGGCUUCAACAUUGCGCCCGUGGCUAUUGACGAUGAGGGCAUGGUCGCGAAGGGACCGGGAGGUCUUCAGGAUGUGCUGGAGAACUGGGAUUUCACCAAAGGACGCCGGCCGCACCUCAUGUAUACCGUCACCAUUGGCCAGAACCCCACAAGCGGCACCCUCAGCGUGGCGAGACGUACCGAGAUCUAUGCCCUAUGCGUCGAGUAUGAUAUCUUGAUCGUCGAGGAUGACCCAUACUGGUAUCUCCAGUUCCCCUCAUCUUCGCCUGCAGCCACCGCAACUCCUAAGCCCAAGAAGUCAUCCGGUUUCGAGUUCCUUGAUUCACUCAUUCCUUCCUACCUGUCGCUCGACUACCAGGGCCGCGUCAUUCGCCUAGACACCUUCUCCAAGACCGUCGCUCCGGGAUGCCGUCUCGGAUGGAUCACUGCGCAACCGGCUCUCAUUGAGCGCAUCCUACGCGUCACGGAAACCAGCACCCAGCAACCAUCAGGUUUUGUGCAGUCGAUGAUCGCGGAGCUUCUCAUGGGCCCUCAGAGCUCCACUGACCCAGGCCGAGGCGGAGCCAAAGACGGCAGCGGCUGGAAAGUUGAUGGUUGGGUGCGCUGGCUCGAGGGUCUUCGCGGCAACUACGAGCGCAGGAUGAACGCCAUGUGUGACGUUCUUGAUGACAACAAACACGCCGUCAAGGCCGGGCGCCGCAAGUCUAUGACUGAUGUCGCCGAUGACGAGGACGAGUGGGCUGUCGUGGAAAAGACCAAGAUCUACGACUUUGUCCGCCCGCUUGGUGGCAUGUUCGUCUGGGUCCGCUUCGACUUCACGUCUCACCCGCUCGCGAAGCAGGUCCCCGCUCAGCGCCUCUCGCAAGCACUCUGGGUGUUCUGGACGACCAAGCCAUACCUUGUCCUUGUGGCGCCUGGUGCGAUGUUUGCGCCGACCGCCGAUAUCAGGGAUGGUGACGCCUUCAACUGCGCGCGAUUGUGCUUCGCGGCGUGUCCCGUGGACGAAGUUAAGAGCAUCACAAAGCGGUUUAGCGACGGUGUGCAGGCCUUCUGGAGGAUCAAGAGCGUCGAGAAGAUCAACAAGCUGCUGGAGGAAGAUGAGGCUGAGGCUGGCCAGGUGGAUGCGGGGCUGGCGCUGCUGAACGGUAUGUGUUAGUGGAGGUGUAUGGCUCAGCGUGCGCCCGCGCAUGCGGUAACGUAGACAUAACGAAUGACAACGAAGGCGUUCAUAGCAAUGGGUUAGGAAGGCGUUUCUCUACUC